AUGCCACUGGACUCCCGUCAACACUCUGAUGCCUUUGCACUGAGACUCAUUCAGAUUAUUUAUGAGUCUAUACAGAAGCAUGUCGAUAGCUAUCUUGCAAAUCCCGCUCUACGACAACAGCUGCUAGAUCCUCGCCUGCGGAACAUCCUUUCGACUGAGUGCCUCUCGACUCCCGCGGGUCCCGAUAUUCGACUAGAUCACCACGCCAAACAUAUGAAACGCAAGGCCCAAAAGGCUUAUCGCAAAAGCCCCGGCAGCAAGGCGCUUUGGGUGGCGACUUUGAUGGGUAACGCGCAAUGCCAGCCUCAAAAUGUUAUCAAUAUGCCCGCACUUGACCAUCACGAAAUUGUGUUUUCUUUACAGCAAGAAAAGCAGAAGUAUAUCCGCGAUUUUACUUGUUUAACUAAGAGCGAUUGUGCCCCUCCGGGACUUCCCUUCCCAGACUACAGCCCUUAUCGGGAGCAGCUUUCUAAAUGA